AUAAAAUCACAGCCUCUUCUACCGCGGCUUUGAGGUCGUUUGGAUGUUUCUGAGAUGAUGUGUGUCCAAUGUAUCCGAUUUCUAAGAUAUUUUUAUACCACGAGGAAUUGCCCACGAAUGUUCGCCAUCGAAUACAUUCAGGACCUGGAAAGCUACAAAACAUCCUCCGAGUUGAACGAUAAUGGCAUCGAGGAACAGUUAAGAGUUAUGCCCGGUUAGGUCAGCUACAGCGGGAGAGCCUAGCAUAGAAGCUUAAUUGGAGACGCUUUUCCUUCCAUUAUACGCGAGCUCGCGUCCACCUCGCGUCUCGAACGUGCCCUGGUGUUCUGUCAUGCCUAACAUCAUUUGGAAAGAGAUAUAAUCAAGUUACCCACGGUGAUGUCAAAGAAUCGAAAUAUCACCGAUUUUUUCAAAACUAAGAAUGACGGACGCUCCAGGCGAGAUCCGCAGGACACAAAGACAAUAUCGUCAUUUGGGGAGAGAUCCUCUUCCGGCGUGUCGUUUUCUCAAGAUGCACCUUCAGCUUUAAACGGCACAUUCCGAAUGCCGCCUGUGGUAGAAGAUGACUUUGAGCUAGAGAAGAGAAACGCUGUAAAGGAAGAGAAACUCUCAUCUAAUGGCCCGUUCUUUGCAUCCCAAUCUUCUGACUCCAUGCCAAAACGAGAACAUUCUCCCUCGUCUCAGAUGGGCAGUAUCCCACCGUCUCAAGAGCUGCCCUCUGAUACGCAGACGAGGGGCAUGCGGGGCGGCAAGGUCUUUGUGAAAAGUUCCGAUGAUGAGGACUCUGACUUGGAAUCUCUUGAGGAUAUCGAUAAUAUCCUCUCACGAAACAAAGACAAGCCUUUGGGAGUAAAAGAGGAGCAAUCGCCAGCAUUAAAAAGCCGGCUUCGAUCUGGUGGCCUCAGAUUCGGACGUGGCACCAAUGAUCACAGCCCAAGAAUUAUACCCAAAUAUAAGUUUUCUCUAGAUUCUCUAGUCAGACAAACCGAAGAGGACCAGGUAACCGAGGCGAAAGUUGCCUCAGCAAGGGCCGCUAUGGACUUGGCUUUUGCUUCUAAGCCAGCUGUUGCUGCAGUUGCUCGCCAUGCAGGUGGCAUAGACGAGAGUUUGCUUUAUUCUCUGGUUAGUGAAGGAGGCGAUGAGGGACACGUUGAGAGAGUUCUACAUGCAAUGGGCAGGACGGGAGCGCUGAAUCGAGAGGCCGUGUGGUAUUUCUUCGGCCCUAGAAAUGCUUCACAACCUCUGGAAUCACAGCCAUUUCCCCAGACCGAAUCACCGAACCGUUGGGAGGCUAUUCUAAGGGAUCCUACAUCACGGCAGCAAGCAUUUCUAUCCGGAUUUGCCCGAGAAAUGGCCGUUUUGCGUGGUCUUUCGAACGAGGUCAUCCUUUGGUUAUUAAAUGAGGUCUGUAUAGAGCGGCGGGAAGACCUCAGGUAUUCUUAUGCAAUGACGUUACAGGCUUGCGGGGGUCAAUUUUCAGCUGCUGUCGAGCCAGCGGCUAUCAACGGUAGUCUCACAAAGCUUGAGGCUCUCGAAGAUGCAUUAGAUUUAACCUGUCUCGCAGCCCCUUUUCACCGUCCAACAGCGGCGCCCGAUCGUGACUUCUCACGGUUACAUUCGUUGAUAGAAAUUUUCGGCGGGCUUUCAGAGAGCCUAUCACUAGAACUGCGCAAGCAUACUCUAUGUCUAUUGUUUCGCUUGACACUCGAUUCAAACGUAGCAUAUGACUGUAACAUCCUCUCAAUAAUAUCAGAUGCAAUUGUUCUUCUCUUCGACGAUGCGCCAGACCACGAAGCGGGCGAUCUUCUGGUUUGCGUCGGCAACACUGUGAUGGGAUUUGUUCGAGAUCCAUCACUCCGCUUCCAAUUGCUCGACGCCAUACCCAACUCAUCACCGAGGGUCAAUCUCUUCCGCCGACGACUUGCGUUCGCCUUCUUCUUUGAAGAUUCGAGCUAUCUGAACAGAAACCGAGACGACAUUUUCCAGAUACCGGAGGUGAUCAAGCAUUUGGAUACUGCAGCUUUCACCAUCAAUCGAGGAACCGACUACGUGCAGCUCUCUGCUCUCAUUUCAAUUCUCAACAUCGGUAUAGACCGAGGCGUUUCCGCGCCGGCAUUGUCAAGCAAAGAGCAAGAGAGAACGUUCAAUGCCGAUGUGGAUGCGCUCGCAGCAAAGAUCAAAUUCAUGUUUAGCAGCAUUGUGGAUGCCGGUGCUACGAACAUGACGAGAACAAUAGCAAAGGAGAUACUCGAGCGACUGCACUACCGUCUCAGUUAUUCCGUUCGUACCAGACCAAAACCGAAAAAGAGUAUCUUUGGUGCUGUCAUUGAUGACGACGGCGAUUCGCCAGGCGGAGGGCAGGCAAACUUCAUGUCGCGAUUCUUGCAGCAGCGGCAAGUAACGGACGCCGCGCAAGAGAAUUGAACAUAUAUGCAUAGACAGCGGGGAUGAUAUCUUUUAUAUUUGCCAUUUGCCAUUUCGCGGGGAAGGGAUAUUUUGGAAGCAGCAAAAGCACGUGCACUUUUUCAGUUACUUUUUUUUUUUUUGAAUAUGAUACCAGAUAUGUUUGCAUGGAUACUAUUACAGAUUCUACAGAGCGCGCUGGAAUACAAUCAAGAAUGUACAGAGCAAGCAAGCAAGAAUGAGAGGGCGCCGAAGCGCGAAACAAACUUUGUCGUCGCACUUGCGGGUGAUGUCUGAAUAACCUCAGUAAAUGAUAUGUUGAGAAAAUGCUUCCGACAAACAAGGCAAUGCGAGAUGUAACAUACGGGUAUGAGCGGCAUGGGAUUUAGUCGUAGAAUUUGCGGUUUUCGUUCUUGCCAAAGAGAGUAGUCCGCACAGCGGGCAGAGCGUCGGACUCG